AUGGCUGAAGGAGGUGAUGCAACAGUAGUGUUAGUGACAGGUGCGUCGGGUUUCGUUGCUACCCAUGUCUGCUAUCAACUCUUACAGAAAGGAUAUAAGGUUCGAGGGACAGUGCGCGAUCCUAGCAAUGAAAAGAAAUGUAAACCAUUACGAGAAUUAUGCCCAGAUGCAAAAUAUCCCAUCGAAUUAGUUCGUGGUGAAUUAUCCGAGAAGGAAUGCUGGAUAGAAGCGGUGAAAGGCUGCCAUUUUGUCGUCCAUAUCGCUUCGCCUUUCCCACCUGGAAGUCCCAAGGACGAAGAUGAAAUUAUCAAGCCUGCUGUUAAUGGUACUCUCAAUGUUUUAGAAGCUUGUGCUCAAUCGGGUACUGUCAAACGGGUUGUUUUAACCAGCUCUGUAGCCGCCAUUUCCAAUGGUUUCCUGUGGGAAACAGGUCGAUUGUAUAAUGAAAAAGAUUGGACCGAUCCAAGUCAAGCUGCACCUUACGAAAAGAGUAAAACAUUAGCUGAGAAAGCUGCAUGGGAUUUUAUGGAGAAAUUACCUAGCGAGCAAAAAUUCGAAUUAGCCGUGAUUAAUCCAGUUCUUGUACUUGGACCUGUAAUGCAAGGCUCCAAUUGUACAAGUAUGGAAAUACCCAUGCGUCUGUUAAUGCGGCAAAUGCCAGCAGUGCCCAAGUUAAAUUUCCCCAUUAUUGAUGUACGUGACUUAGCAGCUGGCCACAUUGCUGCCUUAACUUCGGAUAAAGCCGCUGGCAAUCGACAUAUUAUGGUCUCGGAGAAUAUGUGGUUCGCAGAAAUUGCUAAAGUAUACGCCGAAGAAUUUAAAUCACAAGGUUAUCGUGUACCGACCUUUGUCUCACCUAACUGGAUCGUUCGGUUAAUGGCGUUUACCGAUCCAACCCUUAAGAUGGCUACUAAAACGCUCUCACGAAUUGGCACUUAUGAUACUACGCAAGCCAAGGAACACUUAGACAUGAAAACAAGACCAGCUCGAGAGACAGUCAUUGAUAUGGCUUAUAGUUUAAUAGAGCGCGGUUUUGUACCUAAAACUGCGAAAUAUACCGGACCUAAGAGAGCUUAA